UCGCCACCUCAGAAGGCCAUGAGACUGUUCCUCGCCGUUUUCCCUUGUUUUGGCUCUCACCUCGUCCCUGUCCCAACCCACUAUACCGGUACCAGUAGCUAGCUAGACUCUCUCAUAAAACGAACUGAGCAUCCCCUCUCACAACGCAAUUCGCUACAAGCAUGAAGACUAUUCGAAAGACUGUGAGCUUUGGUGACUUUUCUGUUGUUGCCGUCCAGAAUGAGGUGCGGGAGCGCAGCGCCUUGUGGUACACCAAGCAGGACAUGAAGAAGAUCAAGGAAGGUUCCUUGUCAGUUUCAGAACAUGGCAGCCCUUCUGAACGAAGAGGAUUGGGGAUUAUGGACGAUGACUCCUCGGGACGCCGACGAAAGAUUGUCAAAAGUGUUCUUGCUCUUCAAGAAGAACAUCGGGACCACUGCCUGGACGACGCAAAGGGGUUGCAACGAUAUGCCAGUGCGCUGAGCAAGGAUGCUACAAAGGAAGCCCAGCGACGAGCAACUCAGGACUCGAUCGAUGCGUUCCAAGUGCUGUCUCCGGACGUCGAACUGUCGCCAUAUCUGCGAGCCAAGAAUGCGGAAGAAUACUCCAAGCCCACCAGGAAGACCGUCAUGGUGCGACGGAAGACCCCGCCCAAGAUUUCGCCCAUGCCCCCGUUGGCAUAAAGGGUUGAACCCGAGCCCAGGCAUCCUUGUAGGAAAUCGCUCUCAAGAUCACAGUGCCAAGACAAACCAACCGAUGAGAAAUAACGCUAAUUGCUAUCCAUGAGUAGAUGUAAACUAAGGAACAUACAUAAUGUAAAUGCUAAAUGCUGAACACUGAAC